UGUGCCCGGCCCUGGCUCCAUGCACGCGGGCUGUCAGAGCGCGCUCCCCCGUCACAGUUAAUUCAGCGUGGGCCCGGAGGCUGAGUGAGCCCCAGGGCUAUUCUCCUCCGCUCUCUCCGCCUCUUUAGUCCUCUUUCUGCCCCACACACACGCACACGGACCCAGGGAGCAGACACAGCGCGCCGCGGCAGCUCGGAGCCAGACCAGAGCCACAGGACAGCGGUGGAUCGUGGAGGUUUUUACGCAGGAAGAGUGCGCUGUCUCCGGUCAAGAACAUGUCCACAGUGUCGGUGUCCUCGCAGGAUGGUCGGAGCUUGUCUCGUCUCUCCGUCAGUCGCUCGCCCGCCUCCCCCCUCUCCCCCCUGGGCAUCCCCUCCCCCGCUCAGCUGACCAAAGCCAACGCUCCGGUGCACAUCGACGUGGGCGGGCACAUGUACACCAGCAGCCUGGCCACACUCACCAAGUACCCCGAGUCCAGAAUCGGGCGUCUGUUUAAUGGCACUGAGCCCAUCGUCCUGGACAGUUUAAAGCAGCACUAUUUUAUCGACCGCGACGGAGACAUCUUUAAAUACGUCCUCAGCUUCCUUCGGACCUGCAAACUACUGCUGCCAGAGGACUUUAAGGAGUUCCCGGCUCUGUACGAGGAAGCGCGGUACUACCAGCUGACCCCGAUGGUGCGAGAGCUGGAGCGAUGGCGAGCCGACCGAGAGGCUCAGAGCGGGGCGGGGUCAGAGUGCAUGGUGGUCCGCGUGACCCCUGACCUGGGCGAGAGAAUCGCUCUGAGCGGAGAGAAGGUGCUGAUCGAGGAGGUGUUUCCAGAGACCGGAGACGUGAUGUGUAACUCUGUGAACGCCGGCUGGAACCAGGACCCUACACAUGUGAUACGAUUCCCCCUUAACGGGUACUGCAGGCUCAACUCUGUGCAGGUGUUGGAGCGCUUGUUUCAGAAAGGCUUCUCUCUGCGAGCGUCGUGUGGGGGCGGAGUCGACUCCUCUCAGUUCAGCGAGUACGUUUUGUGUCGCGACCUUAAACUGUGCACGCCGAUCACAGCCACGCCCCUCCGCAUCAAACAGGAGCCUCUGGACUGACCGGACACCAGGGGGCGCUAGACUCUCCACCCACAUCCAACAGGACGCGUAAAACUGGCCACCCACAUCCAACAGGAGGCACUAGACUGAGGAGGGAAUGUGGAGGAGUCACUAUGGACAAUACAAGAGACUGACACGGACCAAGGAGCAAAGCAGUUUAAAUAAAUGUAAAAGUGAUACACACAGAUCAGCCAAAACAUUAUGACUAUUUGCUCUAUGACCCAAACCUUAAACUUAAACCACCUUAACCAUGUAGCAGGUGUUUUAAAAAGGGGGUGUUAAGCAAAAUCUAUUUUCUCCUAUGUUCUAACGUCCCCUCAGCUUUUAUAUGUCAUCCAUGCAUGUCUGAGUAAUCUAGCGAUCUCUCCCAGGCCCUAUUCGACUCUCCUUAUGGUUAGCUGUAAGAUUCUGUAAAAAGCUCCGCCCACAAGCCUACGUCACCCAUGCUCCCACACAACAAUUCUCCAUAAAUAUACAAAAACAUGAUACAAAACUGUACACAGCAACUUCACAAACCUGAUGUGAUGUGCAGUAGUUUCAUUAGUGGGAUGCACACUAAUUGUAUUGUGAUAG